CAUGCGGUGUUCGCAGACGCUUCGUGGUGUCCCUUGCUUUUGCCGCAGUACUUUUUGCCGAAGCUCUAGGAACGGUUAAAAGGAACAAGUGACAGCUGCUGGAGCGGCGGCCGAGUUUCUCGUUAUCGUUCAUAUUAUACAUCACGUUCGCUCUCCGUGACCUGUCCUUGUUCCUCACGCCAUCCUACAAAGCUGCCACUGAUGGACCGAUGUGCGUCCUGUGUCGGUGCUUCUCAAGCUGCUUCAGAUUUUCUACUGUUCACGAUGUGAAAGGCUCACCUGAAGUGCUAAUUAUGGGUUGAAUCCAAGCACUGAAACAUCUUGAAAGCAAAAGAGAAAGCCACAAGAAAAACAUAACAUGUUUGACUUCAAUCGUCCAAGAGAUGCGUGGCUUCAUUUGACACCCAGUGUGAUGACUCCUCGAAAAAUUGUGAUUACUGUUCUAGUCUUGCUAUGGCUUGCAUCCGUCUGCGAGUCAGCGUUUGUAAAAUCUACACGGACAUCAAGCCAGGCGUCAGCUGUGCAGCUAUCCAGCAACAGUUCCUCGAAUGCAGUGACCAACAACGCAACAAUGGCCGUAUCCAAUGGAACGGACAGCAAUGUUUCGACAGUUGCUGUGACAACAUCAGUUCUUCCUGCCCAGCCAGCAGACCCUGUUCUUCCACAGAAGGAAUCUGCUGAAGAAGAGCAUCACUCCAGCAUGACUAUAUUUUUUGCACUCAGUGUUAUAGCGGUGUGCAUAUUGAUGAUUCACUUUUUGAUCCAGGCCAACUUCGAGUUCCUUCCAGAAAGUGUUGUUGUUGUACUCAUUGGUGCAUUGAUAGGCCUAUUUUUAAAGCUGAUCUCAAGCCAGCACCUUGGAAACUGGCAGAAAGAAGAGGCUCUUAGUCCAACUAUGUUUUUCCUAGUUCUGCUGCCACCCAUAAUCUAUGAAUCUGGGUACAACUUACACAAGGGCAACUUUUUUCAAAACAUUGGCUCCAUCCUGGUAUUUUCUAUUGUUGGCACUACCAUCUCUGCACUGGUUAUUGGGGGUGGUGUUUACUUGCUUGGCUUGGCUGAUGUGGCCUACAAACUGGACUUCACUGAAAGCUUUGCAUUUGGCUCUCUUAUUUCGGCUGUGGAUCCUGUGGCAACCUUGGCCAUCUUUCAUGCUUUGGACAUAGACCCGGUGCUCAACAUGUUGGUAUUUGGCGAAAGCAUCCUCAAUGAUGCCGUCUCUAUUGUACUUGCCACGACCAUAUUGGAGUCGGGAAGCCCAGGCAUGGUUUCGCUGACAACAGGUCAACUUGUUUUACAUGGCAUCCAACGCUUCUUUCUCGUUUUCUUCUGCUCUGCUGCUAUUGGAGUGGCCUUUGCCUUAGCAGCAGCUCUCUUGCUCAAGUAUAUCGACCUCAGGAAGAAUCCCUCCCUUGAGUUUGGAAUGAUGUUGGUAUUUGUGUAUGCUCCUUAUGGACUUGCAGAAGGCAUACACCUGUCAGGAAUCAUGGCUAUACUCUUCAAUGGUGUCGUCAUGUCUCAUUACACCCACUUCAAUCUGUCUUCAGUGACUCAGAUUACCAUGCAACAAACACUGCGGACUAUUUCACUUAUUGCUGAGACUUCAGUGUUUGCCUACCUGGGUCUUGCCAUAUUCAGCUACCGACUUAUCAUCAAGCCUUCUCUUAUAAUAUGGAGCAUUGUACUAUGUCUGCUUGGACGAGCAGCAAACAUAUACCCAUUGUCCUUUCUAAUGAACUACUUCAGAGAACACAAGAUUACCAAAAAGAUGAUGUUUAUCAUGUGGUACAGUGGGCUCAGAGGUGCCAUUGCAUAUGCUUUAGCUAUGCACUUGGACUUUGAUGAUGAGAAACGCCAUGUGGUUGUGACAACAACUCUCAUUAUAGUGCUCUUCACAAUACUGGUUAUAGGUGGCUCCACAAUGCCUCUCUUGAAGUUUUUGAAGGCAGACAAGCAGACCACAAGAAAAAAGCGCCGAAGAGCACGCCAAGUGACUCUUAGCAAAACCAAAGAAAUGGGGCAAACUAUUGAUGCAGAUCAUUUAUCUGAACUGACGGAAGAGGAAUAUGAGGUCAACUUCAUGAAGAGCAACAUCAAGGGCUUCAUUCUGCUGGAUAUAAAGUACCUCAUUCCCUUCUUCACUCGCCGGUUUACGCAGAAGGAGGUGCAAGAUGGCAAGAUCCAAAUGACUGACUUGACCAACCAGUGGUACCAAGCCAUUCGGGCACCCAUUGAUGAAAGUGAAAAUGAAGACUCUGAAAUCAGUGGUGUUUAAGAUGGCUUACUGUUAUAUUUCUUUCCUAAUGGAUAUGGGAAGAUGCCGAUAUUUUUUCAAAUUCUACUCUGCUGUAUGUGGCUAGGCAUUUUGCUUCACUUGCUGUCUGUUUGAAAGAAUAAUUCAAGAAUUUCUUUAUUUUAUAUGUUGGUUGUCAGAUGUGCGCUGUUUUAUACAAACAUUAUGUUAAUUGAUGGAAAGCAUGUGCGACAGCGCUUUGACAAAAACGCAUGCAUAUUUAAUGUGUUUGAAACUUUUCCAACAUUCCACUUAGGACAAUUGUCAUUUUAGUCAGAGGAUUUCUACGUGGCACAUUGUUCUGGGAGCAUAUCACUGAACUGAUGUCUUGCAUCGAAUACGGUGUAAUCUGCAUGUAACAUCGCCGUUUAUACCAUAAAAUCAAGUGCAGUGGGAUUCGCUCAAUCUUAAAGCAUUAAGCUAGUUGCCUACUGCUUAAAAAACAACCGCUUGAAGAAAAAUGUAGAACAUACUUUCGAGACUUUCCUCUGGUGCACAUGGCACACAAGGCUCUGUUCCGUGCACAACAGUGAUCUUGGAAAUGAUCUGUGUGUAUGUAUAUUUGUCAAGAAGCUGGCAAAGCAACAAAAAUAUUGAAAUACAAUUUUCGUGGCAUGUUCUGACAAGGCAUCACCUAAUCAUUUGUUACAUUUUUUAUGUAAGUAGACCCAUAUGGGGAACCAUGGUAACAGCAGCAGCCGUGUUUAAGGAAGAAAAUUACUUACGGAGAGCAUCAAAUAUGUUUUUAUAGCAGCAUAAAACAUACAAAUGCAUAAAUCUGCACUUGAGACGGUUUUUCAUGGUGAGAUAGCGUUGAGGUGGUGUUUCACAGCAAUUAUUGUUGCCCAUGUUGCCUUGGCUAAAUAUGCACGAUAAAAAUGCGAGAUUCAUUUACCUAUAUAAUCUUUUUUUGCUUUUGUGUAUUUAUUCUUCUUAAAAUGCCUUGUAAAUGUAAGACAUCCAUCUUGUGUGUACUCUUGAUAGCGAUGGCGUGAUACCAUUUGAGCAGCAGCCAUACAGCUGUCACUACCCACUGUCUUACAGCAUAGCUGUGUAGUUUGGUCACCACUUCAGCCAUUUGCAUUCUUCUUGGGAGUACACUUGCAUAAAGAAAACGGGAUAUGUUGUAUUGCAAACGUGAAACCAAUGCAGUAAACUUCUGCUAAUGCAA